AGUAUCUAAGGAAGAAGGUCUAGCUAGUAUGUUCAUCUGACCCUUUCUCUUUGUGUUCACUAAGAGUUUCGUUCAACUUCUUCUAGCUCACAGAGAUGGCCGGAAUCGCUUUCGGGCGCUUUGAUGACUCGUUCAGCCUUGGAUCCUUCAGGGCCUACCUUGCUGAAUUCAUCUCUACCCUACUCUUUGUCUUCGCCGGAGUUGGAUCGGUCAUAGCUUACAACAAGUUGACAUCCAACGCAGCACUCGAUCCAGCGGGGCUUGUAGCUGUGGCUAUUUGCCAUGGGUUUGCUCUCUUUGUUGCAGUCUCCGUCGGUGCUAAUAUCUCCGGCGGGCAUGUCAACCCGGCCGUGACUUUUGGGUUGGCUCUUGGUGGGCAGAUCACCAUCCUCACUGGAAUCUUAUACUGGAUUGCCCAGCUUGUUGGUUCCAUCGUUGCUUGCUUCCUCCUUAAGGCAGUUACAGGAGGCAUGGCAAUUCCUACCCACACUUUGUCUGUUGGAGUUGGAGCAAUUGAAGGAGUAGUUAUGGAGAUUGUGAUCACCUUUGCUUUGGUCUACACAGUGUAUGCAACUGCUGCAGACCCUAAGAAGGGUUCCUUGGGCACCAUUGCUCCUAUUGCAAUUGGUUUCAUUGUGGGUGCCAAUAUCUUGGCAGCUGGGCCCUUCUCAGGUGGUUCCAUGAACCCUGCUCGCUCUUUUGGCCCUGCUGUUGCUAGUGGCAACUUCACUGACAACUGGAUCUACUGGGUUGGCCCCCUCAUCGGUGGUGGCCUCGCAGGGCUCAUCUAUGGCAACGUCUUCAUGAACUUUGACCAUGCUCCUCUCUCCAGCGACUUCUAAAAUUGAUUUUCAUGAGACCACACUAAUAGAAUUCUUGCUUGCCCACACCUUCUGUGGCUUUGUCUCUUCUUUGAACAGUUGUCAUGUAUGUUUGUGUUCGGGUUAUGUGCAGUUUGUGAGCUUUAUUAUGAAUUGUCUCUUUUUUGGUUCAACUUCUGGUUUGUGGGAUGUGGAGGGGCCUAGUGCUUGAUGUCAAUACUUUUUUUUAAAGGUAAGCAUGUAAGAUACUAGCAUCCAAUGCAAAUAAGGGAAUGAAUCGGCCCAAGCCUAGCAGGACCACUUGUUAGCUA